AUGAACGAGGAGGUGCAGGAGGCUGAGGAGCAGGAGCACCAGGAGAAGGAGGGAAUGCAGCAACAGGAUGGAGAGCAGGAGGAAGUGAAGCAACAGGAGAUGCAGCAAGAAGAGGAAGAGGUCCAGCAACAGGAGGGAGAGAAGGACGCGGAAAUGCAGCGACAGGAUGGAGAGCAGGAGGAGGUGAAGCAACAGGGUGGAGAGCAGGAGGCAGAGGUGCAGGAACAGGAGGGAGAGGAGGAUGCGGAAAUGCAGCGACAGGAUGGAGAGCAGGAGGAGGUGAAGCAACAGCAUGGAGAGCAGGAGGCAGAGGUGCAGGAACAGGAGGGAGAGGAGGAUGCGGAAAUGCAGCGACAGGAUGGAGAGCUGGAGCAGGUGGAGUCAGAGGAGGUUCAGGAGGAGGAGGAAGUGCAGCAACAGGAUGGAGAGCUGGAAGAGGUGAAGCAACAGGAGAUGCAGCAGUUGGAGGAAGAGGUGCUGCAACAGGAGGGAAUGCAGGAGGAGAAGAUGCAUCAGCAGGAUGCAAAACAGGAGGAGGUGGAGUCAGAGGAGGUGCAGCAGGAGGAGGAGGUGCUACAGCAGGAAGAGGAGCAAGAGACGCAACAGGAAGAGGAGGUGCAAAAUGAGGAAGAGGUGCAACAACAACAGGAGGAGGUGCAGCAGCAGGAGGAAGGACAGACUGAGGAGCACCAGCAGACUGAGGAGGUGCAGCAGGAAGAGGAGAUGCAACUGGAGCAGGAAGAGGAGCAGCAGAGAGGAGGUGCAGCAGACUGA